UUGCUGGACAAAGUCUCGGAUUGGGGGCGACUAAAUCUAUAUCAAUUUAAUCCUCAGAAGACACAAGUUUGCGCGUUUACCGCUAAAAAGAACCCCUUUGUCGUAUCUCCUAAGUUUCAAGGCACUCCCCUUGUUGCCUCAGCCAGUAUCGGAAUCCUUGGCGUCGACAUAUCGAGUGACGUGCAGUUUCGUGGUCACUUGGAAGAGAAGGCCAAAUUGGCCUCUAAAAAGCUUGGCGUGCACAGCAGAGUGGGACAGUAUUUCAUGCCGGCACACCGUCAAUUUUACAAGGUGCAAGUUCGGCCUCACAUGGAAUACUGUUGCCAUCUCUGGGCUGGGGCUCCUCAGUGCCAGCUCCGUCCAUUUGACCGCAUCCAGCGCAGAGCGGCUCGAAUGGUCGACGACCGAUUCCUUUCCAAUCGGCUCGAUUCAUUGGCACUGCGAAGAGAUGUUGCAUCUCUUUGCAUUUUCUUUCACAUUUACCACGGGGAGUGCUCUGAGGAAUUAUUCGGAUUAAUCCCAGCCGCCAAGUUUCACGAACGCACAUCGCGGCAGAACUCCCGAUACCAUCCAUACCAUCUAGAUGAUUGGCGGUCUACUAUUGUGCGAUUUAGAAGAAGUUUUCUUCCUCGCACAACUUCCUUAUGGAAUAGUUUACCACCAGCGAUUUUUUAG